UCUGAGGUUGGUCCUAUCUCGUGGCACUCCCAUUACGGAAGAGGGCGGAGCUUAACACACUAAAAGCAUCAGCCUGUCCGGUAUUGUGUAAAAUCGAAAGAAAAUCGCGCAUCAAACAUGAAUUAUCAGGGAUACGGUGCACCAGCUGCUGGAGGGUUUGGAGGUGGAUUCCCAGGACAACAGCAGCAGGACCCUCUUUAUGGAUACUUUGCUGCAGUUGCUGGUCAAGAUGGUCAGAUAUCUGCUGAAGAACUUCAGGCUUGUCUGACUCAGGCCAACUUUUCUGGUGGCUACAGACCUUUCAACCUUGAGACAUGCAGACUGAUGAUCAGCAUGCUUGAUAAAGACAUGUCUUGCUCAAUGGGUUUUAGUGAGUUUAAGGAGUUGUGGAUGGUGCUGAGUGGAUGGAGGCAACACUUUAUGAGCAUUGACAGAGACAUGAGCGGCACAGUUGACGCGCAAGAAAUGAAUCAGGCUGUCUCCUCUAUGGGCUACAGGUUGAGUCCUCAGGCCAUGAACUGCAUAAUUAAGCGUUUCAGCUCUCAUGGAAAGAUCUCAUUUGAUGAUUAUGUUGCAUGCUGUGUCAAACUGAGGAGCUUGACUGAUCUGUUCAGGAAGAGAGACCAGGCUCAGCAGGGAAUGGCAACAUUUCAGUAUGAUGAUUUUAUCCAGUGCACCAUGAGCAUCUAAUGAAGACUCUGGGUUCCUGCUUUCCACAAUAACCCAUAACACUGCAAAAAAUUUUUUUACUAAUUUGUUUCCUCAUUUUGUGGAAUCUGUGAGCACAUUUUAGUACUGUAGGUUAAGAAAUUUCAUCCACAGCUGCUGUUAUGGACAUGGAAACGUAAACCCUAAUCCUCGGUUCGGGCCAAAUGUGGGCAAAUCUAUAAUCUAUGUUUUAUACAAAUGGCUUUAUGCUGUUUAUACACUGCUUAUUUGACCAAUUUAAAACAAAUAAUUAAAAAAUGGGUAAUUGAGUAAUUUUAGAGGUAAACAAUGUAGGUAAAAUACAAGAAAUAAAUGCAUUAAUUGUUUUAACUUAAGUGAAGUGUUAUUGCAUAACAAAAUUGGUAUUCCAUUUGAAUUAUAAUUUGGGUGAACACAUUUUGGCCCACCGAAGCAAGAACGUGAUUCUUUAAUGAAUAAAAUAUGUGGGUUUUUUAGAGACAUUCUCAAAUAAUUAAAAAAAGACAAUAUAAUUAUUAUAAAUUCUGAAAUUGUACUAGACAAAUUAGAAUAUUAGUCUAUUCAAAAUCAGUUACAUUUCCAUUUAUCAAAACAAGGGACAAAGAGAUUAAAUGUGCUCACAAUUUACCUAACACAAAGUCAACAGAGGCAGCUUUGAUGUAUGUAUGUUAUAUGGUCAUCAUUCCUUAUAUCACUUUGGUCUUACAAUUUCACCACAAGCUAGUACAAUUACUCUAAUUUUUGUCUUAUGUUUAAGACUACACAUGGCCCGACUUCAUUGUUAAAACAGUAUGUCAAGACGGGACAGAGCUCCAUCUCAUUUCAUAUGAUUACGCUUCAAUGUGGUUAUUUAGCACUGUCAACAUCAGAAUUUAAGUUUGUUACAUUUUAGACUUCCUGUGAUUCUCUGUGAUUUCUCUGUUGCUAGUUUGACCAAAAAUGUGAACACCAUGAAAAUAGCUGAGAUUUCUAUAUUUAAUAAGGUGUUAGACCACUGUUUGCCUUUAAUGCAGCUGCAGACCUUACAAUAGAUUCAUAUAACUUUUGAAUAGAGUCCAGUCAUCAGAUCAUCUUCUAGUUUUUUCAAAGAAGAGGGAAUAGGGAACCUGCUUCUCACUCCUCAUAACAGAUUGGAGAUCUUGAAGCACUUUUUUUGGCAUGCGCCAACCACAAUGUUUUUUUCAUAGCAGCUACCCAAAUAAUUAAUAUUAACCACUAUAACAAUGGGUGUUUGCGCUAUUAUUUUGUCUAACUCUUGUUUCAUAUUUCUGUAACACUUUACAAUAAAGUUCUGUUUGUUAACAUUAGUAAAUACAUAACAUGAACUAACAAUGAACAAUUGACAAUGGCUAAUGUUAGCAGUUACAACUUUUCAUUUAAAAAUGUAUCAGUAAAUGAUGAACUAAGAUUAUUAAAUAAUGUAUACAUAUUUGCUCAUUGUUAGUUAAUGUUAGCUGCAUUUACUGAUGUUAAUAAAUAAAACCUCAUUGUUAGCGUUACCAUUAUUUCUAAUGUAGCACAAUAUGUAUUUGUAUCUUUUAAUAUCUUGGUAAUGUAGUUAUUGGGUGUGUUUUUCCCUUUUUUUUUUUAGGAAAAAUGGUUUGGCAUUAUGUUCAGGGUCUCCAUAAGUCUAUCUCAUUUACAGUAAUGUUCAUUAAUGUGCACUGUCCCUGUAAAUAAAUCAAUCAAAAUGUA